CCUUACAGCUGACCUCGACUUUUUUCUCUCGCAUUCACACUCACAAACGCUAGCAAACAUAGAUCAUACACACUUGAGGGUUGAGACUCCACUUGCAAUUUACAAAACCCAAUCGCAAACAUCUGUGUGUUUUGCCCAUUUAUGGUGCGCUGAUGGGCCGCUCGUUCCAUCAGGAAAUGGUCAAUCCUUGAUCUUCUUGAAUCACUGUUCAAGUUCUCAACUUUCUUGAUCUGGUCUCUUUUGCAGUUGUUUCAAAGACCACAUUUUGUUCAAAAAUUUACUUCCUUAGCUUCUUUAAUUAAUCUUAUAUUGAAAAUUUCUUCUGGGCCUUGGAGGUUUUUUGGGAUUCUAUUCGUCACAUGUUUAACAUAUUAACUGCAAUGAGUCCUCAAAUGGCUCUCUCUUGAAAUAAAAAUUACCUGGGUGAUAUCUGUGGAGUUGAAGAUUAUGGGUAGGAUUAGAGCAAAGGGAAAGAAGCUGGAUGUCAUGAACCAAGAUGAUCCAGGAAGUGCUGAGGAAGAAAAAACAGGUGCACAAAAGAGAAGGGGGAGGCCUCAGAAAUCACUUAAUGAUGACAUAGACGAAGAAGAGGCUGAGAAAAUACAAAAUGGAGAGAGUGAAGACACAACAGAUGGUGUAUUGGGCAAUGAAACAAAAAGUUCAACCGCAUCACAGAACGGGAAGAAAAGAAAACGAAAUUCUCAGGUGAAGGAGAAAAUCGAUUCCGUGAAAGAGGAAAAUGGAAAUGGAACCACAUCGAGCACUGAGGAGUCAAACAAAUUGAAUGGAUUUCGUCGCGAAGGGAAUAGACGGAAAAACAAACCUUGUCGAGCUCCUGAAGCAGGUGUCGAUUGCAACUGAAUGGGUGAUUGGCCUCUGCGAUAGAACUUAUACCUAUAACAGCAAUUGAUAGCGGAAGUGAAAUCUAGUCAUUCCCAUUUCUGGGGAUCUUAACCUAAACUUGUUUUUAUUGUUGGAAGUUUCAAUCGGAUCAAACUUGAUCUUCAGUGUUGCCAUAAUAUGUGAGGUAUUGGUAACCUAUGGCAAAAGUGAUGUUUUUGAUGCUCAUAUGACCGUCUGUUCUAACAUUUUUGGCUAUUCUAUUAUAUCACAUAAUUCCUGGAUCUCUUAGUUA